AUGUGCGAGUUUAACGAUGAGGAUAUAUCAUACGAUCCCAACCCUUUCAGCACCGUACCUCCCCCCUCAGGACCUCCAAGAUCUUUAGGAUCUUUAGGAUCUUCAGGUUCCUCAGAAUCUUCAGAACCACAAGACUCCAUCACCGCCAACCCUCUCCCAGAGCGAUUUUGGGAGGCGGAGGCUGGUCCUAGACCAGAACAUGGCGAUUCUCAGAAACGCAAGCAUGCCAAAGGAGAACCAGAAGAACUUGAGAAUAGUCCCCCGGCCAAACGUCUUCAGCCUGAGCAACACUCUAUUACAACUCGUGUCAAGACACCCUUAGCUAGAGAGGCGCGCUCAGACAGCAGUUCACCUCUUCAAUCAUGGGAUCCGGAUUUAGACAUGCCAGGGCCUUCGGCCCGUACAGAACGCCCUUCAACUCCACCACGGUAUUCGAGUCCAUCAUUCCGACCUACGCCUAGGCCCGUACGCGACAUAUCCAAAUCGACGCACACUCGAAUUUCACAGCAGAGCACUGAAGAGCAGGAUCUGCCGCCGGGCAUCGAGCACGGACAAGACGAGCAAGGCAUUCCGAACCAAGGCGUUUCUGGUCCUUCACGUGAGCCAAAAAAUGUCCCGAUCCCUCUGGACCCCCUCGAACAAUAUGGGAGAGCUCUCCUCCUCACUCUGGAAAAGGUUCCCGAAAAGGAUCGUGAGCAGCUGGUUCAGCUAGUGCCAGCUAGGCUCCGAGGACAGGGAAGCUGCAAGGCCGAUCGUGAUUCAAUGAUGAAGAUGGAUAUAGCAGCACUCUUGUCAAAGAAGCUGUUCCCAAAGAUGGUUGGAAACUUCCAUCAGGUUGGGCUCAUGGCGAGACAGUGGCUCAAAUACUCGGGCUAUGUCAAUCCAAACAAAAUGUUCCAGAUCCUUGAGGAAGAAAUCAAGCCUACUAAGAAGCAGGGCAUUGAGCUCGCUGAACUUUGGAGACGCGCAUGUGACCGAAAACUGCGGCAUGUAACGGACACCGACAGACCCUGUGGUCUUUCGGAAAUUCUCGAAAUGGGAGACACUUAUAUAUGA